GGGCGCAGGCCCUCCUGGUUCUCCCAGCCUCCCUGAGCCGGGUGCAAAACCCGGUGAAGUCGGCGGGAACGCCUGGAACAGAGGCCAGGAGCGGGUCUCAUUUCUCUGGUUUAUCUGUCUGCGCUAAGUGCUGGAGUCCGCUCUCCCUAAACCCCGGCACCUCGUCAGGGGGUGGCAAGGGGGCGGGACCUUACCACCCGGAGCCCAGAGAGCUGCGCGGCGGCCCAAGAGCAUCCUGUAUUGGUUUCUGAAGCCCUUCCUGAGUUCUGAGGGUACCAGGAUGAUGAAAACACCCACCUUGUGGUAGUGAACAAUGACAACCCCCACCCCAGGCCGCCCUGUGGCCUGACAUCACCAUCCUUCUCCCUUCAGCGUCGUCAUUUUCAGUGUCUGGUAGAGGAAACAGAUACAGGAGCAAAUAGCACAGAUACAGGAGCAAAUAGCACAGACUGAUGAUAUGAGAAUAACUGCCUCACCUGGCUCUUUCCUGAGCUUCCUGUCACACAUCUUGGGCAGGUGGCUGGAGAUUAGAUCCUUCAAGACCAUGGGGCAACAGUUCUUAAUUGUGUUUGCCAACUUAACAAGAGGACAACUGCUGUCUUUAGUUGAACAGAACACAGGUGGAAUGCCAAGAAUUAUUCAGAGAGAACUGCAUUCUGCUGCAGGACAGGAACCAUGACUGUUUCGUUCAAGGUGGAGCUCCCAACAGCUAGGAGUCGAGACCGGCACCCAGCAAGUACUUGAUAAAUUUCACUGGGUUCUCAGGGAGCCAGCCGGCUGGAAGCACCUGUGCUGCAGGGGUGAGCGUGCGGGAUGAAGACUGCUGAGAGUGAGAUCCCAGAUGCGCACUUCACCGUGGAUAAGCAGAACAUCUCCCUCUGGCCCCGAGAUCCUCCUCCCAAGACGGACCCGGGCAUGGUUUUGAGGAAGCCUCUCAUGGUCCGGGCUGCAGUCAUCACCCUGAUACUGGGCUUUGUGGCCUCCAUCCUGCUGCAGGCCACUCUCUAUCCCUGGUUUAUGCGCACAAUAUCAGAUGUAAAGACCAAUGCCCAGUUGCUGAAAGGCAGUGUGGACAACAUCAGCACUCUGGGUUCUGAGAUUAAGAGGAACAGAGGCAGUGUGGAGGCAACCAGCCUUCAGGUCCGGAUGGUAAAUGCCAGCCUGGCUCAUGUGCGUUCUCAGAUCGGGAAGUUGGAAGCUGGUGUGAGGGAUGCCGCUGCCCAGAUCCAGAUGCUAACAAGAAGAUGGGAGGAGGUCAAUGACUUAAAUGCCCAGAUUCCAGCACUAAAAAGAGAUCUGGGUAAAGCCAGCUCUUUAAAUGCAAAGAUCCAGGGACUCCAGAGCCAUUUGGACGACAUCAGCAAGUUGCUCAGGCGGCAAAAUGACAUUCUGCAGAUGGUUUCUCAAGGCUGGAAGUACUUCAAGGAGAACUUUUAUUACUUUUCUCAAGUCCCAAAGACCUGGUACAGUGCCCAGCAGUUCUGUAUGUCCAGGGAUUCACAGCUGACCUCAGUGGCCUCAGAGAGUGAACAGGAGUUUCUGUACAAGAUGGCAGGUGGACUUUUCUACUGGAUUGGCCUGACCAAAGCUGGGACUGAAGGGGACUGGUACUGGGUGGAUAAUACUCCAUUUGACAAGGUCCAGAGUGCACGGUUCUGGAUUCCAGGUGAGCCCAACAAUUAUGGGAACAAUGAACACUGUGCCAAUAUAAAGAUGUCCUCACUUCAGUCAUGGAAUGAUGCCUCCUGUGACAAUAAGCUCCUUUUCAUCUGUAAACGGCCCUACAUCACAUCAGAACCAUGACAGGAUUGGUCCCAAGCUCACACACUGAGCUCCAAUGCUUGUCGAACUCGAGAACAUGCCCCUCUUUCUUCCAAUUCCAGUGUGACUUUGCACCUUCAUUUUUCUAGCUUCAAAAUUAUCUCAGAGGCAUCCUGGAGUUCAUCUGCUUUGGCUGGGAAUUCUCUGACCCCAUAGAGGCAGCUGGCAUGGAAAGGAGACCUUGGAAAGGGAGAGGAGAGCAGAGAGGAUUUAGAAGUUCCACCUGUCUCAGUAAGGUGAUCAGGACCUUGGGGUUCCCUGUCCCUUCAGAGAAGCCUCAAUUUUAUCACAAGGAGGUCGCUUCAGACCACACAAACAACCCUGAUACCGAUGUUUAGGGCUUUUUCAGUUCAUCCCACACAAUUCCCAGUUGCCUGCCUAGCGGACCGUGUUCUUCUCAGUGGGAAGAGCUCUGCACUUGGUGACCCUGUCCGGGCCAUGACCCCACUGCCCUCUGCCAUCCACACUUCCUGUCACUUGAGCACCUUCUUCUCAGAGAUGGGGGCAUCUGGUUCCGGUCAGGGGCUGAUGUGGAAACAAGUUUCCUUUAGAGCUGGAUCAGUAUCCACGCUCCUAUGGCUCCGCCUCACUCUGCAAACUCCGUGCUCCAGCUCUGUCUCUGCAGUCCUCCGCCCAGCCCCUCUGCCUCACCUCCUGCACAUCCUCUCUGGGCUGCAUUUCCUCCCUGCCCUUUAGAUAUAGAGGAGGUGGUCCUCUGUCCCUAGAGAGUUCACCUGCAAACUGUAUUGGAACGCACUACUGCCGGGUAAAGCAUGUUUUACCUAUACGGCAUAUUUUAUUCCUGGAUGUGCAGGUGAAAGUGCCAACAAGGCCAUCUGCUCCACUGGACAUGAAGUUCUGGGGGUAGCCCCACGAAGCAGCUGGGGGCUCAAAAAUAACAAGAGGGUAGAGAAGACCUGGCCCUGGAAAUGCCACAAAAUAUAAGCAGUACUUACCCCUGGUUUUUAUUGAAAUAAAGGAGAGUGAGCUCUGCAGUGUCACAACCCUCUCGGUGGCCUUUCCUCACUGAUGUUCACUGGACAAUCUGC